CUGUCUUCGUUUCCUAAACAACGGCGACGCUGGGAGUGGGACUUUUGACUAAAGUCUAGACUCUAGUAAAGAUUCAAAGUAUUAAACUAGAAAGUUGGUGCAGCAUGCCUCCAAAAAAGGGAAAGGGGAAAGGAAAAGGGAAGGCAAAGAAACAAGAAGGAGAGAGUGGACCAGUUGAGCCGCCAGAACCAACAGAGAAAGAAUUGCUUUUGAAGAACGAAUUAGAGACGCUGACCGAUGAACUUGCCAGCCUGAAGAAAAAAGUUGAAGAACUCCGGAGGGAAAAUGAAUGGUUACAACAAGAAGCACAACAAACUAGGAUUGAGAGUCACGAGUACAUGUCAUACAUGGCUAAGAAGGCUCACAAGCGCCAGUCUACUAUUGUAACUCUGAGUGAUCAAAACCAGCAAGAAAUCAGAAAUAUUCAGGAAGAAAAAGAGAAGAUGCUGAAAGUAUUUGAAGAGAAGAAACAAGAUUUACAGGAUGUUCUAAUGGCGAGAGAAGCAGAAUUAGCAAAGACAAGAAAGGAAUUAGAAGAUUUGGAUGAUUUCAAGAAAUUACAACAGGAGCAGGUGAAUAAGAUAAGAGAAUUGGAGAAAGAAGUAUUGAAGAUGCGAGGGCAGCAUACAGAAACCAUCCAAAAACUAAAGACCCAGUUCCUUACCGAGAAAAAACACUUCCAGGCUGACUCAGAGGCUAGAAUCCAAGAAGUUGCCAGACAAGCAAAUAAGGAGGCAAUGCAUUGCUUAGGCGAACACACCACCAAGAUCAAGGAGGAAAACCGCAAGCUCCGCCAUGAGCUCCUGAACUUGAUCCACAGAUCGAGGGCACUACAUAGCCACAAGGAAGAACUGGAGAAGCAGCAGCGGGACCUGAUACGGGAGCAGCAGUAUGCAGCUGAUCUCAAGAGACUGAAAGGUACCAGGCAGCACAAGGUUCUGAAAUCCUUUGGGAUGCUGGAUGGUGAGGAAACCCCAGAGAAGACAGCUUCCAGGUAGUUUCUGAAGAUAUCCUGAAGAGAGAAUUGCCGUGCGGUGAUAUAGAAGAACUUGGUUCCAGUGACAAUAAAAAGACAGUCAAUGUUGAAAGUGAGUUAAUUGUAUCCUGAUGUACAGUCCACCAAGCGGCACAUACAUGUAAAGCUUCCAGAGUUAAGAGAUUGUAAAGGGACUAAAUUGUCUCUGGAUGAUUUUUGGAGGACCUGGUUUAAUUGAUUGCCCAAAGAUGAUAGAUGUUUUAAAACAGUGCUGUAUCCUGAUAUACAUUUGUAGAUCAACAAUGUGUCCAAGGAGAAGAUCCUGAGAAGUCAGUAUUGAGAUGAUUUGAGAGAAAAUCUGUUGCAAUGACAACACAUGGAUGGCCGGUGUUCGAAACUAAGUAGGGUUUUGUCCUCAUAUAUGAAGACCCCAAUUCCCAGAUGCAAUACAUCCAUCUAUGUUGGUAAAAUGCAUUUGUUGACCAAAUUUGUCAAUAGAAGACUGAUAUCAGAUAAUGCAUCUUGAUUGCUCUCAUAAUAGAAGUGAAACCUUCCUUCAAAGACAGUUUGCUUCCCGAAUACAUGUAAUCAAUGCAGUUAACUUUGCCUAUGUCAUAUCUAGGGACCAAAGACAUCUGUUUGACUUGGCAGAAAUUUGGCCAACAAGAUGUAUAUCAGACAUAAUAUUUUGCAUAAUAUUGUCCAUAUAGUUGUUUUUCGAUUUAUGGAAGGUUGACUUAAGGAAGUUUAUGUGUAAUCUAAUUUUCAUAAUUAUGGGUAGCUUUUGGAACUGAGCUCUUCAUACAAUACACCCUUAACUCCACAAAGUUUGGGAUUUUAAGAAGUUGCUGUUUAGAGAUUGGCAGUAAUAAUGUAUCUUCUAUUAACACAGAGACAGAGAUGAUAGACAUUGUGAUUGGAAAUUGAAAAAAAAAACUGCCUUUGAAGAUGCUAAAAGACUUUGAAUAUCCUUUUUUAAUUACUUUCCCCUAUAGUUUUGUAACAUAUAUUGCUGAUGGAAAUCAUAUACAUUUCGUUCAAAUAUUUGGUCAUGGUUUGUUUCAACUUAUUGCUAUAUCUGUAGAUUUGCCCCCUUCUGAAUCUUUAUUUGGAGCCCCUCCCAUCUUUUCAUUUCUUAAUCUAUACGAAUGCAUUCUCUCUCCUCAAUACACCACCAUUGUAACUAGACAUGAUUAUAAUUUGAUUUAAAAUUUUGUUCUGUUGCUUCUAUUUUAUUUCCAUCUCAUUCUCUUUCAUUCACUUGCUUUCCUUUUUACUGUAUGCUAUCCUCAUGCAACAAUUUCCUCUGUAGAGGCCUUUUUUUUACCGCUAGGAUUCUAAUAUUUCUGAGUCAGGUUUAUUUUUACUUCUCAUCUGCACAUUCUUCGAUCUUAUGCAGUCCACGGGUAUAUACAGGCAAUUCUAUAAAUCAUUUAUGUCCAACAACCUAAUAAAAGGUUCAUCGUUUAUGGAAUUGCCAUUAUAUGAACCUCAAGACUAUUUUUAUUGGGAUAAACAAACUCACAAGAGAGUACACCCACAUGAAGUGAAUGAAGACAACAGAUAUACAAAACAAUAACUUUUAUUUGAACUCUUGAUUUUCUUGUUCAGCUGUCUAACAAACAUGCAGUUCUCAUAGAAAUACAAGUUUAACAUUUAAUCUUUCAACACCAUGGGGAAAAGAACACAAUGCGUUACUACCAUUUUGAAAAUGGUAUCAAACACAAAUACAUUAUAACUGUACAGAUAAUACUGAUAAUUCUGAAAAAGCAGCUUGAAAAAUGUAUGUUUAUAAGGCACCUUAUGUAUUUAUGACUAUAAGUUACACGAGAUGGUUAGGAGAAAUCUCUGUUAUAGAUUAGGUGGAAAAGUGACAUGUAUUAUACCUAGGGGAAUGCUCAGGUUCUUACAUGAUAAAAUGAGUGAAGAUGAAAAUUGCAUUAAUGUAUUCCAGAGAGUCCGUCCCAAAUUGCUCUUCGAAAAUUGUACGCAAAUUUCUAUUAUGUCAUACAAUCCGUGGUAUAAUUAUUAUCAAUGUUGUUAUUAUUGUACAAUAAAUGUUCUGAAUACAUCUAUA